AUGCAUCGCAAGCUCCGCAUCUGCGACUACAGGCCACUUAUGGACCAGCUAAAAGGCGCUUCUCCUCCUGGACCUCCUGUGCUCUUUCCUUCGCAGGGAGACGCCAAUUACUUAACACUGUCAUUGCUGGGCUGUAUUAAGUCUAUUGAAUCCUUAUGUUCUCGGUUCCUCUGGAAUGGAAACAUCACUAGUAAAGCGGCAGAAAAGGUUUCUUGGAAUGUGGUAUGUCUCCCUCGUUCUGAAGGUGGUCUAGGACUUCGAAACCUCAGCAUAUGGAACAAAACUCUUUCGCUUAAGCUGGUCUGGCUUCUUCACACAAGGUCUCCGCAGGCAGAGCAGCUCCAUAUCAUCUUGUGCUCCGUCCAGCCUCCUUCACUAUCAUCGGUGCGAGACUGCUACAACUGGUACGUUGAUGACCUCUAUUUAGACUCUUUCAACACUGCUAGAACUUGGGAAUCUGUUAGAGAUAGGUCCAGUACUGUUGAUUGGGAAUCAGUGGUUUGGUUUGGUGGCCACGUUCCAAGACAUGCCUUCCACAUGUGGGUUACUCACUUGGAUAGUUUGCCAACAAUAUCUCGCAUUGCAGCUUGGGACCAUAACGUUGAGAAUUCUUGUCUCCUCUGCAACGCGCCGGACGAAAACAGAGACCAUCUUUUCCUCCGCUGCAGGUUUAGUGAGCGUCUUUGGAAAAUGAUCAUUCGAAGGCUUGGCUAUCAACCCUUCUUAUUCCACACUUGGACAUCGCUUAUAGAAUGGCUUCGCAUGAAGGAUUAUACUUGCCCUCAGACUCUGCAUAAGCUGGCUGCUCAUGCAGUCAUCUAUCACUUGUGGCUUGAGAGAAACAACCAUUUGCACAAUGCAGUCUUCUCAUCUACAGACCGCAUCUUCAAGAACAUAGAUCGUCAUAUCAGAAACACGAUCCUGGCAAGAAGGGGGAGGAAGAAGUUUCACUCUCUUAUGUGCACUGGGCUGAGAUUCUCUUAG